GACGCAAGGCGCGUAGAAGAUGCGAUUACCACUAUUGCAAGUAUGGUAAAGAAGACGCAGCUACGAUAGCGCGACCGCGGCCAGGAUGGAAGAGGAAAUAUUCUUUUGUCCUCCGCGACGGAUUGCAGCCGGAUACGCACACAAUGUCUCUUUCGUCACGCCAGAAGACUAUGGCUUUUUGUUUGACCUUUAAUGAUAGAAGUUCUGAAAAUUGUCAUCAUGAUCGGUUACAAUUAGCAGUAGACUUCGAGACGUGAUGAAAGCAGCAUUAAUUGGGAUGAUUGUCAUUGAGCCUUCCCUCGCGGUACUUACGUAGAUGAAUCUAGAGAAAGCAGCAGUUUGCGAAUCAUUGUUUGAGAUGAAAGAGAAAAGUCCAAGAUGAAGAACUUCUAAGAGGUAGAGGGUCAAGCACCCGGAAUGCGAGCUUGGGGACGGAACGAGCACAACGUGUUGGCAAUGUCUGCGGCCUCCUGUCGGAAGGCGCCGCCUGUCAUUACCGCUCCGACACCGAUCGACUUCUUCAGGGGCCUCGCGAUUUUUGAAGUCAGUUGUGGCCAAAGUCACACGGUCGUGCUAGAAAAGAAGCCGGAUCGAGUAUAGGGCUUUAUUUGGAAAUUUAAGUACUGAGAUACAGAUUGAAAGUGAUAGCACCAGUUGGUGAAGUCAUAUUUCUCCGUUGACUCUGGGUCUGAUAGGUAUCAAAACGCCUCCUCUCCGCCCAACCUUUAGAACUUGAAACUAUUUUCAGGACGGAGGCAAGGUUUGGUGCGCUGGAUUUUGUGGAAAUGGGCGGCUUGGAGUAGAACGCGAAGAACUGCGGGAGAAAGUCAGAGCGGCUGAAGAAGAAACCGGCGACUCGAACAGUCCUCUUAAUUUAUGUGUACCACGAAUUGCCUAUGCUUUGAAGCGGGACUGGUCGUUUAGCAUGCUGCGCUGACAACUUCAAGUACUGAAGCGCAUGAUCUUCAAUGGAAAAUAAUAUCACAACAACUCCAGAACGGAAACUAAAUGUGGUAACAUGAACUUCAGCUACAACGACCAGUUUGCGAUGGGUACUUACAUCAUAUCUCUAAUCUACUUGAAGCGGCAGGCAACAAUUCUUCCACCCCAGGAGGCCUAUCUGCCUCCUAGUGUGACCAUUGCCCGUGUUUCAGCAGGUGCUGACCACACGCUUGCUCUGACGGAAUACGGCCAGGUUAUGGCUUGGGGAGCGGGUAAUUACGGCAAUCUGGGAUCUGGCGGCACCUUAUGACAUGAUUGCAGAGCCCCGUUAUGUUCCAAGGUAUCUAACGAUUUUUUUGAAAUCAGUUUUGGUCGUAGCACUACUAGACAAGAAUGUUCUGGUGGAUACCCGUCGUUGUACUACAGUGUUGUGUUUCAAUGUGAAUACACUUUCACUUCGAUUUGCUUUCUUCAUGCUCGCAUGACGCUUGGAUUCCGACGUUGGUGCACUCGCUUGAGGAGACCGAGUGCGUCCAGGUUGCGGCUGGUGCGAAGCACAGCCUGGCGCUUACGAGGAAAGGAAUCAUCUAUGCGUGGGGACAUGGCGGGAACGGGCG